AUGCAAGAUGGUGUGGCCGACGAGGUUGUGAUAUGGGGUUUACCCAUACAGGGACCACCGGUGUGUGGUAAGUGGGUUACAGAGACCCGAAAUGUUGAGUAUUGGAAGAAUUUGUGUCAGGAGUAUCUGGGUAUUUACCCGGAAGAUGACGACUUGCGCAAAGGUCGGAUGAAGUUUAAUCGGUUGGCGGGUACGAUUACUUUUGAACAUUGGGACCCGAAUGAUGACGAGCGUUGCCAACAAAUGGCUAGACGGGUUAUUCUAGCUCUUAUUGGUUCGCAGCUUUUUCCUGAUUCUAACAGCUAUGAUGUUAGUCUUAACUAUUUGCCGUUUCUGGGAGACCUGAGCAUAGCGGGUCGAAGGAGCUGGGGUUCAGCGACCCUUUGUUGUUUGUAUAGGAAUUUGUCUAAGGGGACUUGGCCUACUAGACAAGGCAUUGAUGGACCCUUGUUGUUGUUGCAGUACUGGGCGUGGGAAAGAUUUCCACGCAUUGCCCCACGAGUCACGCCAUUCAAACUGGAUGACGGAGAAGAAGAAGAGGUGUAUGAAUACGGAAGCUGUUUAGCAAACAAGUGGUGUGGAGACCACUCAAAUCGUGAUACACCGGGACACUGUAUAAUUUCGUUUCGUUCUUUUUUCAAUGCGCUAACACCUGACCAGUUCGAAUGGACUCCGUAUACCAACUUCAUCAACAUACUCCCCGCGAGUUGUAAGACUGGGCGAAGCAUAUGGAGAUACAUGGGCCCCUUGAUUUGUUGGGAGGAAGUGGAGUUCCAUCUAGCAGAUAGAGUUGCUAGACAGUUCGGCUUGAUACAAGCCAUUCCUGAUAAUGAUGCUUUGGUGGCCCCAGCAUAG